AUGCAAAGUCAUUUACAAGACGCUCAAGCUUUACUGGCAGAAGUUACUGAGAGUUUCCAAUCAGAAAGAGAAACAAAACAAAUACAAAAUAUUAAUAGGACGAUAAAUGAGAUACGAUCUACUACUGAAGCACAAAUAGCUGUGAAGUCUAAUAAGCUUCAUAUCCUCCAACAGCAAGUUGAUACCAAUAGUAAUCAAAUUCAAUUACUUCAAGAUAUGAUUCAUAAUAUAAAUGAUCAAUCACAGGGGCCCGAUGAAGUUUUAGCUUUAUUAAAUACUACUAAAGUGGAGCUAAAAUCCUUGGAAAAUGAAGUCUCACAGUUACAGGAUCUCUAUUAUACUCUUGAAGAUGAGGCAGCUAAAGAGCACUCUUUGCAACAACUAAUAGCAGUCGAACAUCAUCAUGCUACUGAUAAUAAGGAUCUAAUUAAUGCAAGCCAGAUAGCUGCAUUUGGCUUAUUAGCAGGUAUUAAUCCAUCUUAUAAUUUAGAUCAUGUAUUAUUGAUGGAUAAUAAAGGUAAGGUGCAUCAAAUUAAAAAAGAUGAUACCUUAUCACAAUUUGAAACAACGCAAAAGAUUUGGAAAUUGAUAGAAGAAAGAGUAAAUAAAUAA